CUCCUCUCAUCUCUGAUAUAAUAAUGGGUUAAAUUCUUUUUCAUGUGAUCUAUAAGCUAAUCUAUAUGAAUAGUAUUGUAAUAAUGCGAGGUUUUUUCCAGUAGAAUCCGGUUUUUUAUAAUAACCAAUACUCCAUCCUAAAUCUCCAGAUGGAAAUAAUAACGGGAAAAACCAUAGGAUCAACAUGAUGCGAUAAUUUAUUUAAAUAUCAGGAUUUAACAUAAGCUGGAACCCUUAUCAUGUGUGUGUGUUGCAACCUCUUAAAUCUUUCUGCGCCGAUCUUAUCACGCCUCACAACAACAACUGAGAGGACGAGCAGGUAGCGGAAGAGUUCGAACCCGAUAACGAUAAAGGAAAAUGGACCAAAAUAAAAUAGACAUCUUGGACAUCACGGACAUGGGAAAUUCCAAAGUCCUCAUAAAAUUCAAAGGACAAAAAGAAGACACCAUGAACGGCUUCAUGACACAUGGACCAUGCGUGAUCGCCUUCACACCAACAGCCACACCACACAUGUAUAUAGCAAACGUCGAAUAUGCAAAAGAAGAGAAUAAGAACGAGGUGAUUAAAACAUACACGAAGUCAACAUUACAAAGCAUAAUGGAGAAAAUGGGCUACAUAGAAGGCAAGGGCCUAGGCAAAGAUCUACAAGGUAGAACGGACCCAGUGAAAGCAGUAUCAAAUGAAUACAGACAGGGCUUAGGUGCUACCGCCCUAGAUUAUUACUUGGACCACAACGAAACGAAUUUUGUCAAUGAACAAGAACAAGGACCAUCAGCCAUCAUGGAAGAACCAGGAGAGGUAAUGAGGGUCAACAAAAUAAACGAAAAAACUAUGUUGACAAGCAUAAGGGGAAACCCAAACGACAUAAAAGCAAACUUAAAACAAUUUGGACCAUGUGAAAUAGAGAAAGUUUAUACGGACCAACAAGGCAGCACCAAAAAAUGCACCAAAAAACCAGCAUAAAAAAACCAACUAAUAGUUAGAUACUAGAUCCCUCUGCACAACAAGAAAGCAGUGGAGUAUGCAACAGCACUAAUAAAAAAAAACCAUAGAACAACCACUACCAGAGAUCCCUUGUAACGCCCCGUACAAGCUCCGCAAAAAACUAUACAGAAUAAAAACUAAAAUAUAUUGAA